AUGAACAAUGAAAAUACUGAAAAUAGUGUGGAAGGUGAUCACCAAAGUUGGAUCAACAUUCUACGAAAUCCGGAAGAUUUCAACUUAAAACAGAAACCCUUCGGAAUAAGCGAAAAUAAAAUGUUCACUCUGGAUAUGAGAGAAAUUCCAAUAUCAUCUGCCAAAGCUGAUGACAAUGGAACAUAUAUUUCCAAAGGCAGUGUUACAAAGUUCUAUAUGUACAAUGAGGAGGGGUCGUGCACAUCUCACAAAGAUGGAAAUGGCGUAUGGUAUGUCAAUAUACCAGACUCUAAAAAUUACAGGAAGGAAAUCGUUCCAGCAAACGAAAUAUAUGAGUUGAAACGGGAG